AUGCUCGACCUUUCUAUGGGAUCGUACCCCUACGUCACCUCGUCUAACACCACAAUUUCUGGUAUCAUCGCCGGUUUGAACCUCAACCCCAAGAAUAUCACAGAGACCAUCGGAGUUGUAAAAGCCUAUACCACACGUGUUGGCGCCGGCGCUUUUAAGACUGAGGAUCUCGGACAAAUCGGCAGACUGACCAUCUUCGUAACAGAGUUGGCGAAACGCUCCAAGAGCAAGGGAGAGAAUGGGGAACGUCGACAGGUCGAAGACGUCGUUGUGGCUGAUCUCGUUGUUGUGAAGCAUGGCCACAUGGUCAACUACUACACGGCGUUGAACUUGACCAAGCUCGAUGUGCUCGAUUCCUUUGAGACAAUCAAGAUUGCCAUUGCGUACAAAGACAAGAAUACCGGCCAGAAUCAGGAACUUGAAUCUUAUCCAGCAGACCAUAACGUUCUGGACACCGCCGAGGUCGUCUACCACGAAAUGCCCGGAUGGAAGAAGCCAACCACCAAGGCCCGGACAUUCUACGAUCUCCCCAAGGCGGCCCGGGAUUACGUCCAGUACAUCGAGGACUUCGUUGGAGUCAAGGUCAAGUGGAUUGGCACUGGCCCUGACCGUGAUGAUAUGAUCACCCGUGCCUAG